UUGGAUGCAGUAGACAUUCUGCAAGGAACAAGCGAUGAGCUGUUAAAAGCUUGUAACAUAGAAGCAGGUCAGAUCGUCCGGAUCAGAAAGUCAAUAAGUGGGUUCGCACAGCAGUAACACCUCCCGAAACAGAUUUGUAAUCGGCAGAACCUUCGAAUAGUGAUGGCAACGUCUUCCUCCAUGUGGUAAGUGACUUCUCGGAGAUGCAACAGGUGAGCUUCAAUGCUGAAAUCGUACUGGAGGUAACAGAAAUCAUGAUAUCGUCCAACGGCAACGAUGAAUCCGCGAAGUCACAAUCAAAUGAUAUUUCGCCUCCUGUUGCUUUCACAACCGAAGUUGUGACACCAAAUGAGAAGUGGCUUUCUUCAUUUGAAUUACCAAUAAAGGUACCGUAUAUAAAUAAUUUAGCCAAAUCGGUUUUUCCACAGAAAUCAGCAGGAGCUAUACAGUAGUAUAAAGAGCAAUUUAUUAAUUAAUUUAUUAAACAAGACGUUUAUUGUUUUUAGUACGCCCAGAAAGCGUACAUGCAUGUAGCUGUUUAAUUUAGAAUGACUACGCCUAGAAACAACACAGCCGUUUACUUUUGAUCAAGUACUAGAAUUCAUAAAUUCGCACACAUAUAUUUGAUUGUGUGUAUGGUUAAAAAGGAUGAUUAGAUUUUGACUUUUGUCGGAUGCUCAGAGCUCAUUCCACUUGCCAGAUUAGUAAGAUCGCUUCAGCUCGAGUAACAACACAAAGUACGACAGUAAAAAAAUUCGGUUGUUGAUUGCAGGCCCACAGGUGAAUUGGAGCAAUUGAUUGGCUGAAAGUGGGGGAAGUCGACAUAUAAGUAAUUUUGUAUUCACAAGAUUUCUUGUAGAUUUCACAUCACUUUUGACUGCAUGCAUUUGGAAUUUUGGGCAUUAUUUUUGCAAUUUAUUGUAAACAACGAUUAUAAGAAGAACGGAUAAAUUACGAUUCAGCCGUAAUCGUCAUAAACCUCGAUGACCACCAGUGUUUUUGUGUUUGACAAUUUGUAUUUCAUUAGAUAUUUAUAUUAAUAUGCAAGGUAUAAACGGGUUACAUCAUAUGAAAUGAUAUUCUAAUGAAUGAAUUGAUAAAACGAAUUAUUUCUAAUAUGUACAACCGCGUUUUUUACAUGGCCACUACUGGAACGUUUAGCUUGAUUGUUGAAUAAAUCGAUGAUGCACUGUUCGAUUGGAGUUCAUACAUUUUGUUAAUAGUUGUUUUGUUUGCUAUUGGCAUUGAUUGCAAUUAAUUGCUGUUUUAUAUAAAUACACGUAGUUGCAGCAAGCAAAUUAAAUUUUCAUUUGGAUAUUGUCUAUUUGUUGAAAAUUUUUGCCGAUCUAGAUUGAGAAUUAUUGCUUUUAGGUCGGCAAUUUCUUGCUGUCUAAAAUUUCUGGAGUUUCAAGGACUGGGUGCAUAUGUCUCACAUGUAUAGAUAUGUGUAACAUUUUAUAUUUCGCAGAGAAUUCAUGCGGUCAGGCAGUGAAUUUACGACUGUCGACUUUAUAAUUUGUUUGGCUCGUAUAGUAAAUCUCAAAUCUCAUUUAUAUUUAUAUAAUCUACUGUCUUGUAUUGGCACUUUAAUAAUGAAUCCAUUUAACGUUAUUUAUUAUCAUAAAAAGAUUUCUUUAUCAUUCAGUUCCCACCCAAAUGUUAAAUUGCUAAAUAAGUAAUUAAGGCCAUGCUAUUAAUAAUAUCCCACCCCAGUUGAGGGUCUUUGUUUUGUAAUCCCCAUAAAGAAAUAAGGAUUUUUAUAAACCCCAGAAGAAUUGCAGCCUCAAAAUGCAUAGACGUACGAGGCAGGCGGGAGCCAACUGCCCCCCCCCCCCAAUUUUGGAAAACCAUGGAAAUCCGGGCAAAUGCUAGGAAAAUAGUUUAAAUUCAAGUAAUUUCAUUACAAUCCUCCAUUUGGGCACUUUCAACUGCCCACCUGGAAUGCCUAUGUCAAGAUGUUGUGCCCCUUAAUAAUUCCAGAGUCCCCAAAUGAAAUCUUCGACUAGUAUGUAUCAGUCAAUAGCGGGAUUAGGCAAGGUUUAUAUUUGCCAACAAUAACAUCAAUCACAUUCCCCGACCCUGCGAUCCUCGGGAAGAACACGAGGCUCUGGGAUAAUCCAUUCCAUAUCAACGGCCAAUCAGAUUCCUUCCUGAAACGGAUUAUCCCAGAGCCUCGCGUUCCUUCCCGAGGAUCACAGGCUCGGGGAACGAGAUUGCAAUAACAUCAGAUUACAAUAACAUCAGAUUACUGAGGGGGGACUGGAGUAAAAAGUGUCUUUUGUAUCAGUUUGUGGUAAUCAUGAACACAUCUGACAAAUGUCAGGUUUUCAAGUUUUUUGCUUCCUUGCAGGAGUGUCAUGAUGCAAAAUGUGGCCAAAAUUAGAUAUAACAAUUUUCGGAUUAUGUCCCACUCUGUGUUGAAAAAAACGUUGCUUGCUUUCUGUCAAAUAUUUCCCGGGGCCAAGCAUAUAUAAUGAAAUGCUCACUUCCUUGUGGUGUGUACACAUUGUUUUAAAGAAAUAUAAUUGUUUCUGGUCUAGGGGCACUACAGGUGUCCAUAUUCAUAUAUUCGUGUUCACAUACCUUAAAAUUAUUUAAAAAUAAAUUAAUAAUGCACAUGAACCCCCCCCCCCCAAUUAUCGAAUUUGCUAAGGCACUGUGCAGUAAGACUUGGGUGGAGGGGAUUGCACUUGAAACCAAUUUUGGCCUAUUACAUAUAUCUAUAAAGAUUAUAAAUAACACUAGAGGAGGCAUGGGGGUUAAAUACUAGUCAAAGAUUUUAUUUGGGGACUCUGGAAUUAUAAGGGGCACAACAUCUUGAUAUAGGCAUUCCAGGUGGGCAGUUGAAAGUGCCCAAAUUUUUAUGGAGGAUUGUAAUGAAAUUACUUGAAUUUAAACUAUUUUCCUAGCAUUUCCCGGAUUUCCAUGGUUUUCCAAAAUUGGGGGGGGGGGCAGUUGGCUCCCGCCUGCCUCGUAUGCGUAUGCAUUUUGAGGCUGCAAUUCUUCUGGGGUUUAUAAAAAUCCUUAUUUCUUUACGGGGAUUACAAAACAAAGAUCCUCAACUGGGGGUGGGAUAUUAUUAAUAGCAUGGCCUUAUUUACUUAUUUAGCAAUUUAACAUUUGGGUGGAAACUGAAUGAUAAAGAAAUCUCUUUUAUGAUAAUAAAUAGCGUUAAAUGGAUUCAUUAUUAAAGUGCCAAUACAAGAUAGUAGAUUAUAUAAAUAUAAAUGAGAUUUGAGAUUUACUAUACGAGCCAAACAAAUUAUAAAGUCGACAGUCUCUGCGAAAUAUAAAAUGUUACAUACAUAAUUUAUACAUUUGAGAGAUACGCACCUUAUUUAGGAUUUGCAAGAUAAAAUUCUUUUAAUUUCCAAAACAGCACAAUCGAGAGCAAUAGAUUCCUAUUCUGUAUUUCGGAGCAAAGAAAUAAUUUCCAUUUUUUUCGCGGUAAUUUUCAUUGAAAUGCAAAUUUCAAUGUCUCUUACUCUGUGCUGACUUGCUGUAUCCCCCCCGAUAGCGUAUAGCAAAUUUGAACCCUUGCGUAAACUUCUGGUACCGGAUGUUGCAUUGUCUGCCACCGGAACUGCCAGAUGUUACAAGUCUCUCUUUCCUUCUCGCCCCCUCAACGGUACAUCAUGUAACGUACAAUAUAAGAGAGACUUGGAGCAAGUCUAUCGCUAAAACUGACCACUUGGUACCCGCAGUAAUAGGCAAUUCCAGCUUUUAGUUUAUACGUGAAUGCAGGGGAUGAUGGGAAGUAAGGUAUAUCACUGAUUAUGCUGAAAAAUAAAACUGGUGGUCGUGUAAACACAGUGACAGCUUAUACUUGUAAAUAUUAAAAUAUCUUGGUUGUUUCAGCAGUUUUUAUUGAAAUUUUAAUAUGAUAUCUUACUUCCUAUCAUCCCGUGCACACGUAAACUAAAAGCUGGAAUUACCUAUAUUAGACGACCGGCCAACAUUCUGAAAUGUACACUCUGAUGGCAUUUUUUGUUACAAGCAGUCAACUGGUAUUUUCUUAUAGCUUACACAUUGGUGAACAAGAAUAUAUAUAUAUGUUGGCACCUCUGAUUUUGGCUUUAUAGUUGAAAAUUUCAGAAUUUUAAAAUUUUGCCUAAUAAAGUACCAUGUUGACUAAUAAAUACAAUAUUUCAAGUUCAUUUCAAUAUUUAAAGUUGGCAAAAUAGUAACUAUCUGCAUCAAUUGUCGUUUUUUUUCAUUUUCCAGUGUUAAAAGCACAAAAUUGGCUACAAAAAUCAUACUACUCGCUUAAAUGUCUUAUAUGUACUUUCUUGCGAACUUUCUAAUGGUAUAAUUUAUUUUUGUUAAAUGUGAACUUGUAAUUUUGCAUUUUUCUCAUCAUAGUACUUUUUAUAGACAAAAUUUUCAAAUUCUCAAAUUUUCAUCUAUAAAGCCAAAAUUAGAGUUGCCAACAUGUCUAGUGUUGUUCGUUAAUGCAUAUACUCUACGAAAAUGUCAGUUGGCAGCUUGUAACAGAAAAUGCCAUCAAACAAAUUUUGUUGCACAUUUUCCGGUUUUGGCCGUCCGUCUAUAUUGGCGAUAAGCUGUUGUGAUGACCUUGCCAAAAUGCUGGCAAAGUAAAUUAAAUUUUAAAAAAUAAAAUUUAAAAACUUAGUGGUGCACCAUGAACAUGUUCUCCCAUUUCAUAGCUGGCCUUGGCUUUUCUCCAUGAUGCCCAAAUCAUAUGAUUCUGUAAAGGGAAUUGUACAAAUAAGGUGUCAUGCAUGUAAACAUGCACCCUUUGAAUUAACAAUUUCUUUAAUAUUACUUUAGUUUUCUCCUGGGGUAGCUGAAGCACUGGAAAGUAAGAAUUUGACGGGUUCAAUUCGGGACGAAUUUAACCGCGACAUAUGCAACAGAAUUAAAUUGCAUACCAUGUUUCCUAAGAAGCACGAAAGGGAAUACGUAGCGUUCAAGAUAAUAUCGACUUACCCUUUUCUUGCUGACAAGAUUGGUUGUGGAACGGUGGGUUCAGCUACUUGUAAAUGCAUGUAGGCUACCAUGUUAAUUUUUAUUUGAGGCAGCUUUUCAAGCAACCCAAUCCGCACGUUGUAACCCAGUAAAUAUUUGUCUUCAACAACUGUUUAAGGUUAGGGGUAAUAAGGUUAGCGUAUAACGUAAGUAAGUUACUGUAAUUGUUAGACGUUGUUAGUAAUUUUUCUGGCAUACAGCGUGCGGAUCAGCGUGCAGAAAGAUCUUGUGAUCAUGUCUUUCAUUUGAGUAUAAUUAUUUUUGUGAUUAUUAAGACAGCAUCGUUGUCCUACUGAGUUACAUUAAAUGAAAACAAAGCAAUUGUACUUCCCUGUAAAAUAUCUUGCAAAUGUUCUUUCGUCAAUAUUUCAGGUUUCCUUACUACUGCACGUUCGUUUCUUCAAAGUGAGAAAAACUAUUUAAAAAGGGAUUACGUACAGUAACAAUGCUUGCCGAUCGUUCGUAUUGUUUAGGCAUCUUGGGAGCAAUCGAUAAAGAACAGAUUUAAAAACAGUAGGCGUCUUCAGCGCAACAGGUCCUUACCCCUACCAGCACUAUCCUCGAGCUCCAGCUCAAUCAGGGCACGACCACCUACUACGAGUAAAAAAAGCAAAGAACCUGUGCUUAGUGAAGCAUUAGGUGCAGAGACAGAGGAAACUUGCCGAGAACACCUUAACUACAUAAAAAAAGAGAUGGACAAAUCUAGAAAUAUGACGCUCAUAAGGGAGUUGAUGGACGCAACCUACAUCUUCCGUAGGCAAAACAUCCUAACAAGUCCAACAUCUUUAAAACUGUUGUUGGCACAGUGUCCAGCUUUGAGGAUGGUCUCCGAGGUAUGUACAGUUUUAAGAAUAUUUCAUGUAUAGAUGGUCUACUUAAUACUUCAGUCAAUUGACACCGCACAACUCCCCCGGCCCCUAUUCACGAAAACGUUAAAAACAAAUCAACCUUAUCAAUUUCCUCAUCCCUGCAUAGGAUUAGGGAAAGUCAUCCAGGCUUUCUGGCAUCCUUGUGUAGAGAAAAGUAUAGGACAAAAAUAGGACUAGAAUUUUAGGAAAAUGUUGGAAAUGCAAAUAACACAAAAAUAUACAAAAUUGGCCCCCUAGGAUAUAUUUGGUAAGGGGUAGCCCUAUAGAUAUCUGAUGGGGAAGUUGUAUGAAUUUUUGGUGCUCAAUAUUUUUAUGUACUCAUUCAUCUAUGCAGGAUUUUUUUCUCAAAACUCUUAAAUUGUAUUGGUAUAAAAGCUAAGGCAUCUGCAUCAGGGCCGUUCAAUUCUAGAUGACAUAAAUCACAGCAUCAAGAUGGAGCCCGAGAAGAAGUCUGGUAAUUAUCUUCCAAGAUUUACAAAAUAAUAUUAACUUGUUUAUAGGAGGCCGGUCACCAAGAUUCGUACCAGACCUCUGCAGCCUCAAGCCAGAGCACAAUGUCAAUUUUUAUAGAUUAACUAACAAACAGCUCCUUGGUUAGUGAUAUGUCCCGCCAACCAGACUCAUAUGAACAGGGUCAAAAAAAUGUAAAACAGAUCCAAAUGUUUGUUAUUAAACAAUUACAUACAUGAAAAAAUGUACAACGUUUCAUGCCCUGAAUUAUUUAGUAUCUGUUUGUUAAUAUAUUCUUUUAAUUAAGUAAAAUAUAUAUAGAAGGAUCCAGAUAUUUAAAGGCUACAUUCCAGUUACUUUUUAUGAAAAAAUCUAAAUACUUAGACAUGUAUUCUUCAUAUUUGAAAAAUAUGUUUAUAACAAACAGGUACUUAAUCAUUACAAGAGAAUAAGAAAUGCUGUACAUUUAUUAAUAACCAACAUUUAAAUGUCGUAACCUUUUGCGGAGAUGCAAACCUUUCUCUAGGACACUGUCAGGACUGUCAUGAACAAUUGUUACAAUUAAAUCACAACAGAAUUUUAUGACUAUAUGGAGACCAGGCUUAAGUUCUGCAAUGCAGUCUUCAUGCAUAACGACAUGUCUGUGCAAUACAACUAGCAGAGAGAGAGCUUUGCAAGUGUGCUUGCUAUGUUUUAUAUUAGACUUUUUUAACAAAGCUCAGAUCUGAUCUCAGAAUGAGAAAUCCCCUAAAACUAUUACAUCAAAUACUAUUCAUGUUGCCAUUCUGCAUAGUACAACCAGCACUUUGUACAUUGCUUCUUCAUAUAAGUUAUAUUAUUCAAGAUGGUCUAAUUUUGUUUAUUUUUUUACCUUCUCUGCAGAAAUUGAAGAGGAUGGCUCUGUGAUUCUGUUGCAAGCCGUCCUGAAAGAAAAAAUGACUAGUGAAGGAUCAGUCAUUAAAAUCUGCUCGGUAUGGCUUUUACCAUUAUUUCAUCCAUUCUUUUGAUCUGUAUUAUAAAAAGAAAAGAUAUAUAUAUAUAUAAAUAGAGCUCUGUAAGAAAGAAACAGUAACCAGUAGGCAUCAAAAGGAUCAUUUAACCCAUUGAGCCGCAAUGCGCCCCAGUGUGCCCUACUUAUUUUUUUUUACUUGUCUAAAGCCAGACGAUUUUACUCGUCAAUGGGGAAGCUCUGCCGCUUGAUGGGUUAAACUGAUUUCUCACUAAUUCUCUAUUGUAACAGUAUAUCAAAUGAUUACCUAAUUGCCAUAUUUAUACCAAAACCAGGUGUUUGUAUAUUUCAAAGGAAUGACCUGUUUAGUAAAUUAUCUUUCCUACCUUUGACAUAGGAUAAUGAAUCAAUUGAUGAUGCCAUUGGCAAUUCUGUGUCUCCGAUGCUGGUUGGUGCUGGCGAAUAUGGGUCAAUAACACCCUUGUAUUUGGCAGCUGAAGGGGAAACAAUCACCAAGAUUCCCAAUACCAACCUAAUUAAUGGGUUGGCAAUCCUGAUUGCAUCAUAUUAUGCAUUUAACAUAAGUUAUCCAACAAAAGGGAGAAAUUUCUUUGCCUUCAUUGAGGCGACAUUGUUAGAUAACAGCGAGGAUGCCAAAAAGAGGGUCAGUAUUAAUAAAAUUUUAAAAGAAAUGGACAAUAUAUAAAACAAUUAAUGCAUUCUAGUGUACUGUUCUUUACUAGUCAAUCUAUGUUGUUCAAACAUUUUCACAAUAAUUUUGUAUGUACCGGUACGUAAUUUUUAAUCUCCCUAAAAGUUGAAAGCCCGGGGCUGGUUGUGUCAAGGAUGUUUAGCUUAAACUAUCAAACAAAUCUAUGAACUAUAGACUACAAUCAAACUAAUAUUUUCUGUCCAAAUAUAACAACUAUGCUACUUCCUGUGUUGGUGUAAUGUACUCAGGUGAAUAAGAUGCUUGUGAUGUUACUCUGAGUGUGUAUUCAGACCGAGCAGGCUGGAAAAAUAUGCCUGGCAAUGGUUGGAUUCGAACCUAUGACCUUUGGAAUACUAGCCCAAUGGCCGGGCAUAUUUUUCAAGCUCGUCUGGUGUCGAUAUACACUCAGAGUAACACCACAAACAUCAUAUAUUCACCUGAGUACACUAUACCAACACAGAAAAAAUUCAUAUUACUAAAACACAUUGGUAUUGAAGGAACUAGAUUAUGUUCCGAAAUAUCACUUACUCGAACUGUCCUGACCGCGUAGCUCAGUUGGAAGAGCAUUGGGCACUAGCCCGGUUGUAGGUUCGAAUCCGACCGUGGCCGGGCAAAUUUUUCAAGCUCGCCUGGUGUCGAUAUACACUCAGAGUAACAUCACAAACAUCAAUUUGUAUUCUUUUUGGAAUUUCCUAUAUUGAGCACGUACUAUAUUUCACUCUGUCUAACAUAUUUGGAACUAUAAUUUGAUAAAGGAACAUAGCAAUAAUGCCUCAUAAAGGCCACAUUAUAUUGUUUUGGUUCAGUUUUUUAUACAUGAUGUAUUAGGCUUUUGAUUGGCAAAAGUUGGUGAGAGUUUUGUAAAUAAGUUUAUAAUAUUGAGUUUAUAAUAUUGGCCAUGGUGACAGUUUUGUAAAUAAGUUUAUAAUAUUGAGGAUAUAUAAUUUUUGUUUUGAUAGAUAUUUUCAACGUUAAAUUUUAUUAAAGUUAAAAUAUAUAAACUGGUUAUAAUAUUAAUACCUUGUAUACUAUAUUCACAAUAUUCCGAGGACUAUAGUUGUUGUACAGGUAUUUUUAUCGUUUGUCAACUCGUAACUUGUUUUAGUCUUUCAGAAAGCAAUGAUAUCUCAGAAGACAUUAUAUGACAAUUCAAAUGAAACGAAAAUAUCAAGCAAACGUCGAUUGUAUCCAUUCCAUGCAUGUGAUUCAUGAUUGACUUAUUGAGUUAUUGUAUACAUCCGUGUAUGUGCAUGUUCAGUUAUGGAUAGCGUGCUACAAUAACGUGGUCGUACUGUAAUUCCUUCACAGUUGCCAGUUGCUAUGCAACCAACACAUCGAUAUUUUAAUAUAUUGAUCCUCGAAGGAAAUGUUUUUUAAAAGACGAUAGGAUAAAGAAUGAUUAAAGAUAUAAAUGGACCAUUUCGCAAGGUAUACGUUUCUGACAUUCGAAGAAGAAAUAAUUUUUUUAACCCCUGAAACGGAGUUAGAUUUAUUUAACUCCUUAAAAGGUGUUAUAUUUUAACACCCAAUGAGUGUUAUUUUAACUCCAAAACUGGGGUUAAAUUUUAACACCCUAAUUGGUGUUAUUUGUAACCCCUAAAAAAGGAUUAUUUUAGACUAAACGUCGUAACCCCUCUUUUUGGUGUUAAAAUAACACCCCGAAAAUAACAGUGUAAGAAGAAGCGCGAGUACAUUCAAGGACUUGCCGAGUCUGUGCGAGAUAACUCAAAAGAAUUUUGGUGUUUCUUUAAAUACAAAUCCAACAAGUCUACCCUGCCCGACACAAUGACACACGGUGAUUCGCGUUUCUCCUCAUCGCAAGCAAAAGCUGACACAUUCAAAUCCUACUUCGCAUCCGUGUUUCGACCGAAUACACCAUCUACCUCGGCGACAGAUCUACCACCCGUGAACAGCACGGAUGCCGUUGGUCUGGAGUCUAUAACAAUUUCUGUUGAAGAGGUUUGCUGUUUGUUGUCUGGUCUUUGUACCACCAAAGCCACUGGUCCUGAUGGAAUAUCAGCGACAUUGUUGAGAAAAUGUGCGAAAGAACUGGCGCCAUCUUUAACUGAACUUUUCACAAUGUCGCUUGCCCAUGGCAAAGUUCCUAGCGAGUGGAAACGAGCAAACGUCGUUCCAGUACCAAAGAAAGACGAUCCAAGUGAAAUCAAUAACUAUCGUCCGAUUUCACUUCUCUGUAUAAUCUCUAAAGUUCCCGAGCAUAUAGUCCCACAGGCAAGUUUAUGA